CUAAGAUUGCAAAGAUAGGCGUCUAUUUUGAGGCACUAAUCGCGGAACGACAAUCUGUGAAGGGAAAAAUGGGUGGAGAAGACAUGAUCAAUGAAGAUGGUUCUGAUUGUGUGAGCGAUUGGAUAUCAGUUUCAGAUAACACUCCUGAAACAAAAAGAACAAGCUGCUCACAAAAACAAUAA